CACCCAUGAUGUGAAAUCAAGCUCUUGAACUGGAAAUUGGCAGGACACUUGCUUCAAAAGUGCUCUCCUGACCUAAUGAUGUGUUGGAUCUGAUAGUGGAACCUGGACAGGACAAAGAUGUUGCCUUAGGAAAAUGAGCAACAGCAGCUUCCUUAGACCUUCUACAUUGCUUCUAACCGGAAUGCCAGGAAUGGCAGGUGGGAACAUGUGGAUUGCUAUGCCUUUCUGCUGCAUGUACCUUAUUUCCAUCCUAGGCAAUAGCACGGUUCUCUUGGUCAUCAAGGCAGAGCGCAGCCUCCACAAGCCCAUGUACCUCUUCCUCUCCAUGUUGGCUGUGGCAGAGCUUGGGGUGUCUCUGUCUACGCUCCCCACGGUGCUGAGCGUGCUGCUCUUUGAUUCACGGGAGAUCGGGUUUGAUGCCUGCCUCACUCAGAUGUUCUUCAUUCACUGCUUUUCCAUCAUGGACUCAGGGGUGCUGUGGGCCAUGGCCUUUGACCGCUUCGUGGCCAUCUACAGCCCCCUGCAAUACGCGUCUGUCCUGACCAACCCACGGAUAGGCCUCAUUGGGCUGGGGCUCACCGUGAGGAGUGUGAGCGUCUCGAUCCCCUUGCCGAUACUUCUGAGGAGGCUGCCAUUCUGCAGAUCCCAUGUGCUGGCUCACUCCUUCUGUCUGCACCCCAACUUAAUCCAGCUGCCAUGUGCACACGUCGAGGUGAACAGCAUGUACGGCUUAUUUGCCCUGCUGGCCACAUUUGGGCUCGACUCCCUGUCUAUUGUGCUGUCUUAUGUCAUGAUCAUUAAGACUGUGCUGAGCAUUGCAUCCAAGAGAGAGCGCCUCAAGGCCCUAAACACCUGCGUCUCUCAUAUCUGUGCUGUGCUGAUUUAUUACAUCCCGAUGAUUGGCUUAUCCAUGGUGCACAGGUUUGGGAAACAUGCGUCUCCUCUGAUCCAUGUCCUCAUGGCCAAUAUCUACCUUCUUGUCCCCCCUGUGUUAAACCCCAUCAUUUACAGUGUGAAAACUAAACCGAUCCGCAGAGGUAUAUGCAAACUACUAACUCCAAAGUGGCACUGAUAUAAUACACGGCAUAUCCAAGAGAUUUUGCACGU